CUAGGCUCUUCCUUAAAACCCGAUAUGUCGACCUUUAAUUUUCAAAAUACCAAUUACUUCAAAUAAUAAACCAAAUCCCAGAAUCUGCAGAUUGAAAUUCAAGAAAUUUCUCAGAAUAAAAUAGCCAGCGAAGGAUUCAUUCAUCAAAACCCAUUGUAUAAUCUUUUAUCGAAGAGGUUUUGUUUCUAUCUGUAAUUUGCUCAGAUGGCUUCGCGUACUGUUGGUUUGAUUCAAGAUCAGAAUGUAAAUGUUCACUACAAUGGUGCUUCUCUUUUGAGGAAGGCAAAUAUUGCUACUGCACCGAGGAAAGGUGGUAUUGGUGGCAGGAAACCGCUUGGUGAUUUGUCAAAUUCGGUUAACCCGACCCUGAACCAGACAUCGAAAAAGGAGAAUUCUAAAAUUCUUUCAUUCACUGAGAAAGAGACCAGUGUCUCAAAACUUGCACAUGAUUCAAGCAAGAAGAAGAGUGUCUCUAAAGCUUCAGAGAAAGUGCAAGUUGGUGGUCGGAAAGCUCUCUCUGACAUUUCAAACUCGGGUAAACCACGCUUGAAGGAGACAUCAAAGAAGAAUCAAACUUCAAAGUUAACCAUUUUGGCAGAGAAUCCAAGUGAACCCGAAGAUAUUGCGAAGGAAGGAUUUCUGCACAAUCACGAUGAAUGUAUCAAAGCUCAGAAAAAAGCUAUAAGCGCGAAUGAAUUUUUGCGGAUACUCCGAUUAGAAGAUUUCUCCAAACCUGCAUCUGCAAAGGGAAUUCGUAUGCCAAAUGAAAUGCCCAUGAGUCCUUCAAGGUACUUGGAAGCUAAAGAGAUGAGUGAGCUACUGAUGGAAGAUUGGUCACCUCCGAAGUGUAAGUUGUCAAAGAAACUCAACUCAGCUCCACCUAGUCCGGAGCCUCUGGAUCAUAUGCGGUGGGAUGAUCCUGAAUUGGUUCCCGGUUUUGUGUUGAUUGGAUCACCAUGAUGCUGAAACCAUUGAAUUCAAUUUCUUACCUGGUAGCAUAUUAGAAGUUGUUUCGCUAGCAACUUAUGUUGCAUUCGGCUGUCAUUUCCGUAAAGACGGUUGAAUAUUUUGGUAUCCAUUUGACUUCUGUUGGAUAGAUCUGUGAUCAUCUUUGUAUGAUUAGAGAUUACAGCAGGUGGCAAUUCCAUUAUAACAUAACUGCUUAAAAUCUCAA